GUCCUCCCCCGAUUUCUCUUUCGCUCGACGAGAUUAUCCCCAACUCGGUGUAUCACGUCUGGCCACCCACCCUUCGGCUAAACAGCUGCACCUUCUACAUUUUCCCACCGGAGUUUCAAGCGCAGGGCCAGGUAGCUAAACAACAAGAACUCAGACAGCCAUGGCAGAAAACGCCGGCUUGGAUAACCACCGAAUUAAAAGCUUCAAAAACAAGGGGCGCGAUGUCGAGACUAUGCGAAGACAUCGCAAUGAAGUGACAGUGGAGCUGAGGAAGAACAAACGAGACGAGCACCUCCUAAAGAAGAGGAACGUUCCACAGGAGGAGAGCCUUGAAGACUCUGACGUGGACUCUGACUUCAAAGGGCAGAAUGUAACGCUAGAAGCCAUCUUGCAGAACGCUGUCAGUGACAAUGGACUCAUCCAGCUCAAUGCUGUGCAGGCAGCAAGAAAACUGUUGUCCAGCGACAGAAACCCCCCCAUCGACGACUUGAUUAAAUCCGGCAUCCUGCCCAUCCUGGUCAAAUGCCUUGAGAGGGACGACAAUCCCUCGCUUCAGUUUGAGGCAGCCUGGGCCUUGACCAACAUUGCCUCAGGGACGUCACAACAGACUCAGGCUGUGGUUAAAUCUAAUGCCGUGCCGCUGUUCCUGCGGCUGCUACACUCUCCUCACCAGAACGUAUGUGAGCAGGCGGUGUGGGCGCUAGGCAACAUAAUUGGUGAUGGACCGCAGUGCAGGGAUUACGUCAUCUCCCUGGGCGUGGUCAAGCCCCUGCUGUCCUUCAUUAACCCCUCCAUCCCCAUCACCUUUCUCCGCAACGUCACCUGGGUCAUCGUCAACCUCUGCCGCAACAAGGACCCGCCCCCUCCCAUGGAGACGGUGCAGGAGAUUCUUCCUGCUCUCUGCGUGUUGAUAUACCACACUGACAUCAAUAUCCUAGUGGACACCGUGUGGGCCUUAUCCUACCUCACAGACGGAGGAAAUGAACAGAUCCAGAUGGUCAUUGACUCGGGCGUCGUCCCCUUCCUUGUCCCCUUGCUCAGCCACCAAGAGGUCAAAGUUCAGACGGCAGCUCUGAGGGCGGUGGGGAACAUUGUGACAGGGACGGAUGAGCAGACUCAGGUGGUGCUCAACUGUGAUGUCCUCUCGCACUUCCCCAACCUGCUCACACACCCCAAGGAGAAGAUUAACAAGGAGGCGGUGUGGUUCCUGUCCAACAUCACAGCGGGCAACCAGCAGCAGGUACAGGCUGUGAUCGACGCCGGUCUGCUGCCCAUGAUCAUCCACCAGCUGGCUAAGGGAGACUUUGGCACACAGAAGGAGGCAGCGUGGGCCAUCAGCAACUUGACAAUAAGUGGAAGGAAAGAGCAGGUGGAGUACCUGGUGCAGCAGAAUGUGGUGCCGCCAUUCUGCAGUCUGCUGUCCGUCAAGGACUCCCAGGUGGUCCAGGUGGUCCUGGACGGCCUCAAGAACGUCCUCAUCAUGGCCGGGGACGAGGCCAGCACCAUCGCUGAGAUCAUAGAAGAGUGUGGAGGCCUAGAGAAGAUCGAGAACCUGCAGCAGCAUGAGAACGAGGACAUCUACAAACUAGCCUUUGAGAUCAUCGACCAGUACUUCUCAGGAGACGACAUUGAUGAGGAUCCCAGCUUGAUCCCUGAAGCCACUCAGGGUGGAACAUUCAGCUUUGACCCCGCCACCAACCUGCAAACCAAGGAGUUCAAGUUUUAAAGGCCAACCUCCACCUAGUGGGUGUCACUCUCCAGCUGCUCUGCUCCUCAAGUCAUCACCUUCUCAGCGUCAAUCAUUCAGGCUCACUAACAACGACUCCAGUUCAAAGCACUGACGGAAAGAAAGGAUCAUUAUUAGCGGACAAUGUUUUCCAGCGUCUCUCACGGCAAUGCUUCUAAAUGUUCCAGGUGGAUAACCACUCGCCUUGGUCCGUCAUACUCCUGCAGUCGCCAAAAAAAGCUCCUGUUUUCAUCUCUUCAUACUCGCACACAGACACGUCCACACACACACACACACACACGCACUAAAGACACUGAAUUAAUUUGUGUGCAUGGACCUAUGAUCUUGUUCUGCCAGUCAUAUCCGCCAAGAGGAAUGAUCUAAUUUCAAGGCGUUUUCUGUCUCUGGAGUCUGCGCUCCCCUAGUUGGUGUCAGGGCACGUUGGACACAGCGACCGAAGACGUUCAGCCUCGGAGCGAAGUGACCCUUUUUUGAGGAGUACCGGCGGCUGCUACGCUGGCCUUCGUUGAACAUUGCUAACUGAAUUUAAUUGGUGACAUUGUCAAAAGGGCUGACGGUAAUUCAGUACUCGUUGAACUACAUAGGAUUCCGGGACAGAACACUGACAAAUGCUGUCAACAAUCUGCCUCAGAGGAUGGAGGGGAAUUUUUUGAGAGCAGUCGUCAUAUGCCCAAGUGGACUGAACAGAACUCUACACACCACUAGAACAUUAUUCCUUUUUUCCUUUAGUUGUGAAAUCAUCAUGAUAACCAAUGGAUUUAAAGUAAAAUAUUUUAAAGUAAUAAUUCCAAAAAAAAAAAAAAGACUGAACAGGGAAAUUGUGAAA